AUGUUGCCUACCCUGGACCCGCCAUCUAUUAAACAAGCACUAAACUCUCUCUUCUACUUCAGCUCGCCGCAAGGUCGCAUCUUCCAGGUUGAAUAUGCCCAAGAAGCCGUCAAGCAAGGUUCCGUCGUCGUCGGCAUCGUCAGCAAGACACACGCCGUCCUCGCCGCAGUAAAGAGAAACGCCGAAGAACUCUCAUCCUACCAAAAGAAGAUCAUCCCCAUCGACUCGCACUACGGCCUCGCCCUCGCCGGCCUCGCCUCCGACGCCCGUGUCCUCAGCAACUUUAUGAAAUCCCAAUCCCUCUCCUCGCGUCUGACCUACGGCCGCCCCAUCCUGCUCUCCGAAAUCACCUCUCGCGUCGCCGACCGCGCUCAGACAAACACCCAGCAAUACGGCCGUCGCCCCUACGGUGUUGGACUUCUCGUUGCGGGUGUCGACGCAAAGGGACCUCAUCUCUUUGAAUUCCAGCCUUCGGGUAUCACUCAGGAGAUGGUGGCGUGUGGUAUUGGCGCUAGAAGUCAGAUGGCGAGGACUUAUCUCGAGCGCAACAUUGAUGAGUUUGAGGGUAGCAGUAGGGAGGAGUUGAUCAAGCAUGCGCUGCGUGCCUUGAAUGAGAGCUUGCCUCAGGAUAAGGAGCUUACUGUUGACAACACUUCGCUCGGUGUCAGUGGUUUGGAGGAGAACUUCACCCUGUAUGAGGGUCAGCAGGUUGCUCAGUGGUUGGACACGACGUUUGAGAACAAGGGUGAUGACGAUGAGGCCGCUGCUCCUGCCGCUGCCGCUGAUGCACCAGCACAACAGGAGGGUGCAGGCGAGUCUAUGGAGGUUGACUCAUGA